UUGAAAAAAAAAAAAGUAAAAAUAAAAUAUGGGUUUAGUUUUGGGUUAAAAGGGAGAUUUAGUUGUGUAUAUAGUGUGAGCAUGCACAAGUACCAUUACCUCUUUUCAACAUUUUCAAAAUUCUUCUUCAACUUGCAUUCACUUUCUUUUCCAUUCCAUUCUUCUCCUCAAAUUUCCCGAAAAUUGUUGGAGGGCAUAAUAUCUGCAUGAAGCUCUAAGUAAUUCUGGACAUCUCAGCAAACAGAGGAACAAAUCAGCAUGCUUUGGUUGGGUCAUUCAGUUGAUGUAUUCCGCCAAAUUAUACGCUUAAACUUAUACUGUAAAGUUAUACUGUAAAUCAUUAUUCCAGGACAUUCUUUUGGUGUGUGCAUUAGAUUUAGAUUGACUGAGUAGUGUGGUGAGGAGGAGUACUGAGGAGCAGAAGAAGUUAUGGUAGGCCAAGCAGCAAGUCAAACAAGAUUUCGGGCAUUAAAACAUUGGAAUGGAAUUGAAGGUGAACCAGCAAUUAUUGUUAGAGUGAUAGCAUGUUUUCAACCCUUGCAUGAUUGUCAGGCCGAUUACUUUCGUCAGUUGCUUAAGCCUGUCACGUAAUUGUUGCACAUUCACUUUUUGUUAAAAGCUGGAAUUUGUAGUUUUCUUUUUCUGUCAUUUGUUCCAAAGAAAAGCAGCAAGAUAUUAAAGAUCCUAUAUCGAAGAACCAAAGCUUUGAGUGAUUGAUUUGAUUGUUCUUUAGGGUCUUUCUUUUGGGUUGGAUGGUUAAGCACUAUGAGUCUUGGCCUUGUCCACAGCAUGUGGCUUGGCCAUCACUUUAUAUGAAUUGUGCGCCGGAUCACGGUUUGUGUGGUCAUUCAUCAUAUCUGAAUCCUAGUGCGUCCACUUUUCCUGCUGUCAGUGCAUUUCCAGGAUUCACAGCUCAUGCUACCCCAAGCCUGCGGACUGAUCAGACCAACGAAGUGCAAGGGUUCAUUCAGGAUCCCAAAACAGAGCCGUGUUUGAAAGAAAUGCAUAUUAGCGGAGCUACGCAAAAUGCAAAUCCUGCAUCUUUGCAGAAGAAGUUUAUUAUUUUUGACCAAUCCGGUAAUAAGACAAGGUUGUUUUAUAGUCCUGUCUUCCCACUUGUUCAGAGUCCAAUUGUUACUACUAAACAAUUUGCUCAAGCUGAUGAUGUAAAUCGGGAAGUAAGGGCAACUAGUUAUGCUCAAAAACAUUUACCAAAAUACACUUUUCCGGAAGAAUCAGAGAAAGAUCAAGAUCAUGUAGUUAAUGAAGAAAGUGAAAUGCAUGAAGACACUGAAGAAAUCAAUGCAUUACUUUGUUCUGAUGAUUGUGAUUAUGAUUCUGAUGAUUAUGACGACGAGGUAACAAGUACAGGCCAUUCUCCAUUGGCUACUGAAAAGACUAAUUUGAUGCAAGAACAAAUUGAGGACACAAAGGAGGAUGUCGCUAGCUCUGAUCGGCCAAACAAAAGGCAUAAGUUAGUUGAUGGUGGGUACAUGAGAUUACAACUGCCUGCGGACAGUGCUGGUUCAGUAAGACUAAAUGAACCAUGCGAGUGUGUUAGUGAUGCCGAAUCGAAGUAUUCUGGCAGCCAAAUGUGUUCUGCCAGGGGAACUGAAGAAGAUAAUUCAGUAGUUGGUGAUAUUCAAUUGAAAAAGGAUAAAAUUCGUAAAACGUUGAGAGCUCUUGAGAACAUAACUCCUGGAGCAAAAGGAAAACAUCCGCUGUUAGUCAUUGAUGAAACUAUUGAUUACUUAAAAUCUUUGAUGUCCCAAACUGGUAUGAUUGGGGUGAAAUAUCAUCACUAAUAAUAUGUCACUGAAGGACACAUGAAUAGUUGAAAAGGUAGUAUUUGUUGUGUUCUUAGCUUCAUGCUUUCUUCUUUCUCAAGGUAUAUUUAUGGUUUAGCAAUAAAGAGGCAAAAGUAGGUAUAUAUACUAUAUAGUACUGCAAGUACUGUAAAAUGUAAAUGAAGAAAUAUGGAUUUGGAUUGUGUGCCAUGUGACUGUAUGCAGUCAGCUACAUCCAGAUCAUCAAGCUCAAUAUCUUACUGAAACCUGGACUGUCCAAUCUUGAUUAGACAAUUCAGAUGUGGCUGAUUGCAUGCGGUCACGAGCUUGUGACUCUGCACAACCUGGAGUUCGAAUUUCAAUUAGUUGACCAAUUUUUUUUUUUUUAUCUUUUUGCUUUGGGAGAUAAAGGGUCACAGAUUGAAUCGACAGUAGAAUGGUUAGUGGAUGGUUGUGCUGUAAAUGAGGACACUUUGUUUUUUUAUCUCCCUAAAAAAACAAGUGUUGAAAUUUAUAUGCAUGCGCGUUAAGGUAACAACUGGGGUCCCACUUUCCACCUUCCUUUUCAUUCUGGCGUAGACUAUAAAGUGGCAAGAAAGUUUCUGAUGUUGGGGAGCGUGGUGUUUCAUUUCAUCAUGAAUUAAUGAAUGGGACCCUUUUGUUGAAUUGAAUAUAGAAUUUGUGGUUUAAGGUUAUCCUUGUUUUACGUGUUUGUUGUGAGUGGAAUCAUAGGCAAUUCCAUUUUCUACGUUGUUGUCAUUGAGAGGUGUAUGUGUCUCUGUUGAGUGUUCCAUUCAAUUCAAGGUUUCAUUUUCAUGAUGCUAUGAUGUAUGUAUCUGUCGGUUGAGUGAUUGUGUGAAUAAUUGAAGGAUCAAUGUUGGGGCAGUUGUCUAUUCUAUGUUGGUUGUCUUGUGUGUUUGAUAUACCAUGACUAUAUCCAUAUGUUGUGAAUGUUUAAUAUCUAAAGAACAUGUGUACUAGGAAUCCAUGGUUGCUAAUUUCCUCUGCUUUCUUGUGUACUACUACUUUUGAUGGAAGUAAA